AAUCAUAACAGUAACUGGACAGUCGUCCUCACCGAACACCUAGUCAUUUUGCAUUUAUUGUGUGAAACAGAAUAACUAUCAAUAAUAAAAAUGGAGAAACAAAAGGAUUUGCCAUUCCCAUACGAGUUCAGGGAGCUUGAUCCCGAAGAAGAUAAAUUGGUUAAAGCCAAUUUAGGCUCAUUCCCAACAAAUUUCGUGAAAUUGGGACCUAAAGGCUACAUGGUGUACAGACCCUACGUGAAAGAUGCGGCGAAUAUCUACAACAUGCCACUGAGAACCAACGACGUAUUUGUAGCCACUUACCAACGAUCAGGAACGACAAUGACUCAAGAACUGGUUUGGUUAAUUGAAAACGACUUGAAUUUUGAAGCUGCUAAAACAUUACUGUCCCACCGCUACAUGUACCUCGACGGAUUCAUGAUCUACGACCCGGAGAAGCAAGAAGAAUACAACGGCAUAUUACCGAAUCCAGAAAAACUUGAUAUAGAAAGAUAUUUAGAAUUGUUAGAAUACUUUAGUCGUGAAGGGAGCUCAUUGCUCGCUUCAGUACCACCAACAGAGAGAAGAUACGUCAAGACACACUUACCUUUGUCCUUGAUGCCUCCCACUCUGUUGGACACUGCGAAGGUGGUGUACGUGGCUCGAGACCCUAGAGACGUAGCAGUGUCCAGCUACCAUCACGCGCGAUUAUUGUAUUUGAUAAAUAAGCAGAGCAACUUUAAAGAUUUCUGGGAAAUGUUUCACCGUGGCCUAUAUACGCUAACACCAUAUUUCGAGCACGUCAAAGAAGCUUGGGCAAAGAGGCAUGAACCGAACAUGCUGUUUUUGUUUUACGAAGACUACUUAAAGGACUUACCAGGCUGCAUUGCUCGUGUUGCUGAGUUCUUUGGUAAAAAGUUGAGUAAGGAACAAAUUCAGCGCCUCUGCGAACACCUCGAUUUUGAAAAGUUCAAAAAUAAUGGCGCUGUUAAUAUGGAAGACUACAGGGAAAUUGGAAUACUCGCGGACGGAGAGUAUUUCAUUAGAAAAGGUAAAGCUGGAGGCUGGCGCGACUACUUCGACGAGGAGAUGACACAACAAGCUGAGAAAUGGAUUAAGGACAACUUGAAGGAUACUGACCUUCGGUUCCCACAUAUGGAAUUAUAAUCAACUGUAAAAUUGUAUUAUCAAAACAUAAGUAAAUUAAGUAUUGCCUUCCUUAAUGUAGGUAAAGUUAUUUCGGAUUUUUGGAUAUUAUUUAUAUUUAAACUUAUUACUAUCUACUUACUUAUAUUCAAACAACAGAAUAAUAAUGUUUGUAAUAUUUUUUCUUUGCUGCAUAGAAGUACGACGACAAGAGGCACUAUGAAUUAAUUCCAUUGCCUACAGAUAUUUUCAUAGCACUAAAAUUGUCUAUUGUUACUUGUGAGUGUGUCAAUUUUGUAUUUAUUCAAUACAAAUAUGUAGGUAACGGCCACUAUUCUUCUUGUUCAUUAUUUUUUAUUUGA